AGCCUGCACACAGUCGCCAAUGGCCAUUCCGGCGGUUCACUUUUAACCAUCCGCCGGCGAAGGCAGAUUCUAUUGCAGUUUCUUCAAAGCCUCAAUCUUUAUAGAAAGAAAGGGAAUUCCAAGGUAAUAAGAACGAGGAUAGUGAAAAAAGUUAUAGUUUGAUUCAUCAUCAUCAUCAUCAUCAUCCAUGGACGUUCUCUUCAAAUCAAUUGACGUCCGAGAUCUCCUCGCCUCUCGUGAACUAGACGAUUCAUCUCCUCUCUCUGCUCCUGAUCUCCGUCUCCUCAUCGAUCGACUGCAAGUCCACUCUCUCGAAAUCAAGUCCAAGGUUCACCACUACAUUCUUUCUCAUCACCAAGACUUCGCUUCUCUAUUCACCCAAUGCUCCGACGCUGUUUCCAGAUCCGAUGAGCUCUUCGAACAAGUUUCAUCUCUCACCCGACAGGUUUCUGAGCGGCCGAUCGAUGUCGACAUCCGAGAAACGAUCGACGAGAUCGGAAGGAAGAGGAAGGAGGCGAUGGAGAAGAGGGAAUUGUUGCAUUUCGUGAGAACAGUUGUGGAAUUAAAUGAACAGUUUAUGCGUUUUAAGGAGGAACUUAGGGAUGGAGAGUUAGUUAAGGCUGCGGAGACUAUUAGGGACUUGAAGGCAGUAUUACGUUUCCAGAAUGGAGUAGAUGAGGUGAUUCCCAACGAGAAAGAACCAGCAGUGUAUGGUUUGUUAAGAAAGGAGUGGAUGGAAUGCUUCGAGGAGAUUCAGGAUCUGCUUCUGAGGUUCAUGGAGAAAGCAGUGAGGUUUGAGCAGGAAAGUAAUUGUCUACGAGUUAUUUAUACUUUGGAUAUCAAUGAAGUCCAUAAGAUUGACCUUCAGACAGUAUUGCAGGCAAUGGAUGUGUUGGGAAUUCUGAAUUAUGGGCUAUCUAAAGUAACAGACAUGGUUAUUAAAAACGUUAUUACUCCAACAGUGAAAAUUGUGUGCCCCCUGUUGGAGGAGACAAGUCAUGACACAGGAGGUGUCUCUGAGGCAAUUCUGAGUGUUGUUUCAUCUUCUGAUGUUAAGGUGGAAAAUCUAGAUGCUGAUACAACCUAUUCAGCAAUGAUUCAAGUUAUCAAAUUUUUCCAUAGAUCACUGUUCUUUGAAAAUGGACAUUGGAUGAGGUGUUUCGGAAGGUUGACAUGGCCAAGAAUGUCAGAUUUGAUCAUUUCGAACUUACUGUCAAAGGUUGUACCUGACAGUACAUCCAAAAUUGCUGAUUUUCAACGAGUUGUCAAAUAUACAUCUGACUUCGAGAAAAGCUUAAAGGAAAUGAAUUUCAUUUCUGCAACUGAGAACAGUGAUGAAAGAUUGAGCAAUUUCACUGACAAUGUUGAAAUGCACUUUGCAUCAAGGAAGAAGGUUGAAAUCCUUUCCAAAGCUAGAAACUUGCUUUUGCAAUCUGACUUUACACUUCCUCAAGAACAGACAAGAAAAGUUGCUGAUUCAAAGGAUGCAGAAUCUGCAAACAGCUCCCACAGUGUUGAUUUGCUCUUUUCAUCUGAGACUUGUGUGGUUUCCAAAGCAGCUUGUCAGUUGAUGGAGCUGGUGCAUGACACUCUCAAGGAUGCUUGCUUAUUAUCCGAAAGGGUUGCUUUGGAAUUCUAUCAUGCUGCUAGAGAUGCUGUGCUCCUUUACGAAAUUGUUAUCCCUAUCAAGCUAGAAAGGCAGCUUGAUGGAAUCAACCAGGUCGCUGUACUCAUUCACAAUGAUUGUAUCUAUCUCUGCCAAGAGGUUCUUGGCCUUGCAUUUGAGUACCGUCCAGAUUUCCCAAGCUCCAUUAAGGAAAUUGCUGUGUUUGUUGAUUUGGCUCCAAGAUUCCAGCUAAUGGCAGAAAAGAUAUUAAAAAGGCAAAUUCAUGUUGUCAUUGAUAACUUGAAUGAGGCCAUCGAUGGUGCAGAUGGCUUCCAGAAUACUCAUCAAGCGAAGCAAUAUGAAUCUGCAACAUUUAGCAUAGAACGGGUUGUUUUUACUUUAGAGAAGUUAUGCAUGAUCUGGGGUUCUCUUAUGCUACCUUUGACUUACAAGAGGAGUAUGUGUCUAGUUUUGGAGGCAGUUUUCUCUAGGAUAGUAAAGGACAUACUGCUAUUAGAUGACAUUGCUGCUGAGGAAACAUUGCAGCUUCAAAGACUGAUUCAGCUAAUGAUGGAGAACCUAUCUUCUUUGUUGGUGUCCCUGGAUUCUAUCGAUGAAAGAAGGAAGUUACAAGAAGGGCGUACACAUACACCUUCAAUUGAUGCUAAAAUACCUUCUCUUAAGAAAAUUCAGAAACUAGCAGAUUUGUUGGACAUGCCCUUAAAGUCCAUUACUUCAGCUUGGGAAAGUACAGAAUUAGUCCUUUGUGGUUUUACAUUAGCAGAGGUGGAAGAGUUCAUCAGAGCUAUAUUUGCUGAUUCACCUUUGAGGAAAGAAUGUUUAUGGAGAAUACAAAAUAGCAGCUUAUAGAGAUAUGUUUUUGCACAAAUAAUUUCCCUGUACAUCCAAUCAGUCUUACUAUAUCGCACAAAAAAUCUCGGUUUUUUUUACUCAUGAAUAGCAACACCACAGAUAGAAAAUUUGUCAAGUUCCAUUGUUUUACGAAAGGCUUUUGUACAA